CCCUCUGCAGUACCUGACCAUGGAUGAUCUUGAAUUAAUAAUUCCCUAUGAUGGUUCUAUGCUGACAAUAGAGAAGGAGAUUCCAUAUGAUCAUGAAUCACCUGAUGUACCUGACUUUUUAAGUUAUCAUCCUCUGAGAAAUGAUGAUGACCCUACAAUUAUUUCAAAAAAAGAUUGGAUUGAGAGUAUAAUGGAUUGGAAUCUUCCUGAUGAUGUUAUUAGGUCAAAUUUAGAAUCUGAAGACGGGGCAGUAUCUAUUCAUAUAUGUGGUAUCUCAGGUAAAGGCUAUGGGGCAAUCUUACGUGAUCCCCGGUAUGUCCCAGUACUGGCUAGGUCCAAACGUCUCUCAGGUGUAGACGCCACUAUGUCUACAUUCUAUUCUAGGUUGAAAUGGAGUCGCACUUGGGGUAAGAAUUGCUCGGGAUUAUGAAUUGUCGCGCUUUUCCAUUCAUGUCCCUUCUUCUAAUCUUUGCAAUUUUAUGAGACGCAUUUGGGAUAAGAAUGAAAAAGCGUGGAAAUCUAAGCAAAUAGGAGAACACCAUGUGAGACCACUUCUGCGUCCGGAAGCCAUGUGUGAUAUCGAAAAGAUCUGUUCACUC